AUGUAUAUUGCUGAGCCACCUGCACUGCCCAUAGACAGCCCUUGGAAAGCGCACUGCCGCAACUUACAACUACAUGUUGGUGAUCCCACUUCUUACUAUGGACCACGUGCUGACCAGAAGGAAGAGAGCAAGGGCAGACAACAAGAUCUGACAAGAUUAUGUCCUGCCACGGCCAGCAAGGGUCAAGACACGACGAGGGCAUCCGGUUCCCCAUCAAAGACCCCUGCACAGCCAGAGGCCGCAAAAGCCGCACAAGCCUCCUCGAGUAAACAAGAGCCCGCUCAAAAUAAUGUGUUUCGAGGUAGUACGAAAGCGGUGGGACAGGGGGUGCUUCAAGGAGAGCCAGUGAAGCCGAAAGGCGCCUAUCACCCCGACGGUCCCAUACACUUGGCUACCCCGUUUGAUACGAUGAGAGCGCACGUCGAGACCACCGGAGAACUUGGACCAGGCAACGAUCGAACCCCUCUGAUCUCAACCUCGGAAUCGGCCAAGCAAGCCGGCAAAUUCGUAAACAAAAACAAAGAGAGGAGGAAAUCCGGGACGUUUCUCACGAUCGAUCGGGGUGCCCUGGACCCUCCUCCCACAACGGACGUUAACAAGGCCUAUGAGGACCGCAGAAUGAAGAACAAAUAUGCAAACCAGCAAGAAAUUUCAGUCGAUGGUUCAAUCCCGUCGAAAACCGUUAAAAAAGUCGACUUUAUCAGCCAGGGGACGAGAACGUCGAUCGACAACCCGAACUACAAGUCGGCGUCACCCCCCAGUGGCGGCAACUAA